GAAGAAUGUUCUAGUUCACCGUGUUUAAAUAAAGGAUGGUGUGUAGAAACUGCUCUAUCUUAUAAAUGUCACUGUUCAGAUACCAGAUAUACUGGUCAACAUUGUGAAACAGGUACUGAAGAAUGUUCUAGUUCACCGUGUUUAAAUGAAGGAUGGUGUGUAGAAACUGCUCUAUCUUAUAGAUGUCACUGUUCAGAUACCAGAUAUACUGGUCAACAUUGUGAAACAGGACGUGAGGAAUGUUCAAACUCAUCGUGUCAAAAUGGCGGUUGGUGUCUAGAGGUUGGAAACUCAUUUCGAUGUUAUUGCCAUGAUGUAAGAUAUACUGGCGUCUUUUGUGAAACAGGUGGGUUUUUCUUAAAAUCAUACCUGAAUAAAGCUCGUCCAAUCGUUGCCAAAACAUUUUUAGUCGGGCUGAAGAAAAUAUGA